AUGGGCAAGCCAUUGGGAUUUCGUAGCAACUUGAUCCACAAACUGGACAGGUUCAAACAGCUGUCAACACUAUGGGGCAUCCUCAGAGAAACCGCGCUUAGCAUUAUCUCAGUUCUUAAUUCUGCACAUAAGCUUCGCCAGCUGCUUGGCGUGAUUCUGCAUCUCGAUCGUGGCAUUCGUAGUGCGUUGGCGGCGGCCCCAGCGCGCGAAGAUCCAAGAGCCCCCGCUGUCGACAAAGUAGUCGGCUCCGGCGCCGAGAAGACUGACCCGCCUUCCCGACGCCUGUUGUUUUCAAGAACACCAUGA